AUGAGGUUAUGUAUUGAUUACCGACAGUUGAAUAAGGUGACAUUGAGGAUUAGAGAAGAGGAUGUUCCCAAGACCGCAUUCAGAACACAGUAUGGUCAUUAUGAAUUUCUGGUGAUGCCGUUUGGACUGACAAAUGCUCCGGCAGCGUUUAUGGAUCUCAUGAACAGAGUGUUCCGACCAUACUUGGAUCACUUUGUGAUUGUGUUCAUAGACGAUAUCUUGGUUUACUCCAAGACUUUGGAAGGGCAUAAGAAGCAUCUAAGGUUGAAAGUUGAGGCUAUUGUGAAUUGGGUACAACCCACAAGUGUGAUGGAAGUACGGAGUUUUCUGCGGUUAGCAGGCUACUAUCGUCGAUUUGUGGAAGGGUUCUCUUUGAUAGCAGGGCCUCUCACGCGGUUGACGAGGAAAGAUGUUACAUUUGAGUGGACGGAGGAGUGCGAACAAAGUUUUCAGGAGCUGAAGAAGCAGUUAACCACCGCACCUGUUUUGGCUCUUCCUGAUGACUCGAGGAACUUUGUGAUCUACAGUGACGCAUCUUUGCAUGGUUCGGGAUGUGUUCUGAUGCAACAUGAUCAGGUAAUUGCUUAUGCCUCGACGCAACUCAAGAAGCAUGAGCAGAAUUAUCGUGUCCAUGAUUUGGAACUUGCUGUAGUGAGGGAACUGAAUAUGAGACAACGGCAUUGGCUGGAAUUGAUCAAGGACUAUGAUUGCACGAUUGAGUAUCAUCCAGGCCGAGCUAAUGUGGUUGUAGAUGCACUGAGUAGGAAGACUAUUGCAAACUCAGCUCACAUCAGGACGACCUAUCUUCCGUUGUUGGUAGAACUGCGGAAGGAUGGAGUAGAAUUAGGAAUGACUCAACAGGGUGAAAUCCUGGCUAGCUUGCAUGUGAGACCUAUUCUGGUGGAGAGGGUAAUUGCAGGCCAGUUGGGAGAUCCUAUACUUUGUAAGAUAAGGGGAGAAGUGGAGAAUGGUACGCGGACGGAUUAUGCCACAAGGGGAGAUGGAGCGUUGGUAACAGGAGCUCGUCUAUGUGUACCGAGUAAGAAUGAUGAACUGAAAAGAGAGAUCAUGGAGGAAGCUCACUGCUCCGCUUAUACUAUGCAUCCGGGUAGUACGAAGAUGUAUCGAACACUAUGGGCGUAUUAUUCUUGGCCGCAUAUGAAGGGAGACAUUGCCAAGUAUGUGAGUAGAUGCUUGAUUUGUCAACAAGUGAAGGCGGAGCGACAUAAGCCAUCAGGACUGAUGCAACCACUUCUGAUUCCUGAAUGGAAGUGGGAAUGUAUCACCAUGGAUUUUUUUUUCAAGCUUCCUCGUACUUCUAAGGGACAUGAUGGGAUUUGGGUGAUAGUUGAUAGACUCACAAAGGAUGCUAGGUUCACUUCUCGAUUCUUGAGGUGUUUGCAAGAAGCUAUGGGUACCAGAUUGCAGUUUAGUACAGUUUUUCACCCACAGAUUGAUGGACAAUCGGAAAGGACCAUCCAGACUCUGGAAGACAUGUUGAGGUCCUGUGUGUUACAGUUUAACCUUGCCUUGGUGGAGUUUGCUUAUAAUAAUAGUUAUCAUUUGAGUAUUGAGAUGGCUCCUUAUGAGGCGUUGUAUGGGAGGUCUAAGGAUCUUGAGUUUGCAGUUGGGGAUUGGGUGUUCCUGAAGCUAUCUCCUUGGAAUGGUGUAAUGAGAUUUGGGAAACAUGUGAAGUUAAGCCCUCAUUACAUUGGACCCUAUGAGAUCAUGGAGCGAAUUGGACCUGUUGCCUACAGACUUGCGUUACCCCCAGAAUUAUCUCGAGUCCAUGAUGUAUUUCAUGUAUCCAUGCUACGGAAAUACAUGCCAGACCCUUCUCAUGUGUUAGAAUAUCAACUUGUGGAGUUAGAAGAAGAUCUGACAUAUGAAGAGCAACUCGUGCAGAUCUUAGAUAAAAAAGAACAAAUGUUGCAUUCUAGAUCCAUCCCAGUAGUGAAAGUGUUGUGGAGAAGCCAAACUGUCGAAGAAGCUACUUGGGAGCUCGAGGAGCAGAUGCGGGCCAAGUACCCGUCUCUCUUUCAUUGA